UGGCCUGCAGACUGCUUCUGGUUCCAUAUGGUUUUGCUGAGCUUGUAAAAGAGACACUUGCAUGGUGGAUUAGCAAGAACCCUGACGUUUUGUGGAAAGUAUCAAAUUGGAGAACACUGAAUUUUCACCCUAGUGCAGCGGCUCUGCUGCUCACUUAAAUACAGAUGAAUGAAGACCCCAUUCAGAAAGUCACCUGGCCAGCAGUCCAGAGCUGAUGCAGGCCAUGCUGGAGUGUCUGCAAACAUGAUGAAGAAGAGGACAUCCCACAAAAAGCAUGGGAGCAGUGUGGGGCCAAGCAAGCCUGUGUCCCAGCCCCCACAGAACGUCAUAGGCUGCAGGAUCCAGCAUGGAUGGAGAGAGGGCAAUGGCCCUAUCACCCAGUGGAAGGGCACUGUCCUGGACCAGCUCCUAGAUGAUUACAAAGAGGGCCACCUUCGCAUCAUGGCCGAUUCUAAUGAUUCACCUCCAGCAGAAAGGGAGCCAGGAGAAGCUGUGGACAGACUGGUAGGCAAACAAGUGGAAUAUGCCAAAGAAGAUGGCUCGAAACGGACUGGCAUGGUCAUUCAUCAAGUAGAAGGCAAACCAUCCACCUAG